AUGGAAAUGAUGGACGGCUGCCAGUUCUCGCCUUCUGAGUACUUCUAUGACGGCUCCUGCAUCCCGUCCCCUGAGGGUGAGUUCGGGGAUGAGUUUGAGCCAAGAGGAGCUGCCUUCGGGGUGCACAAACCAGAGCUGCAAGGCUCAGACGAGGACGAGCACGUGAGAGCACCUACAGGCCACCACCAGGCUGGCCACUGUCUCAUGUGGGCUUGCAAAGCAUGCAAGAGAAAGUCGACCACCAUGGAUCGGCGGAAGGCGGCCACCAUGCGUGAGAGGAGACGCCUGAAGAAGGUCAACCAGGCUUUCGAGACGCUCAAGAGGUGCACCACGACCAACCCCAACCAGAGGCUGCCCAAGGUGGAGAUCCUCAGGAAUGCCAUCCGCUACAUCGAGAGCCUGCAGGAGCUGCUGAGGGAGCAGGUGGAGAACUACUACAGUCUGCCAGGACAGAGCUGCUCGGAGCCCACCAGCCCCACCUCCAACUGCUCCGACGGCAUGCCUGAAUGUAACAGUCCGGUCUGGUCCAGAAAAAGCAGCAGUUUUGAGAGCAUCUACUGCCCUGAUAUGCCAAAUGUAUAUGCCACAGAUAAAAGCUCCUUAUCCAGCUUGGAUUGUUUAUCCAGCAUAGUGGAUCGAAUCACCAACUCAGAGCAGCCUGGAUUGCCUCUCCAGGACCCGGCCUCUCUCUCCCCAGUUGCCAGCACGGAUUCACAGCCUGCAACUCCAGGGGCCUCUAAUUCCAGGCUCAUCUAUCAUGUGCUAUGAACUGAAAAUCUAGUCUAGAUGAGUUCUACGAGGAGGGCCUAUUACACAGGAGGAAGGAAGCCCCAGAAGUUCAAAAGCAAGACAACUUGUAUAUAAA